AUGGCCGUCGAAUCUCUGCAACCAAAAUCAACCGAUUCCCCUCCAUCUCCGGCGAGCACGGACACAAUCCUCCCAUUCAAUCGCUUGAACAAGAGGAAGCGAUCCAAGCGCAACCACCAGUUAUCGGACUAUCCUUCAUCAUCCGAAGAUCAGUACAUCGCCCAAUGUCUCCUCAUGCUCUCUCGCACCACCUCCGAGCAGAAUAUCGCACCCCCAGCCGAUGAUCGGAUCUCCGGUGGAUCGGCAGUUUUGAUCGCCGGCGGGAGAGGUCAUCAGUGCUUGAUUUGUUUUAGAUCGUUUUCGACGGGUCAGGCGCUUGGGGGACAUAAGCGAAGGCACUACGAUGGGACGAUCGGAAGUGCUGCGGGUACUGGAUCUGCGAUCGGGGGAUGCGGAAGGGGGUUAGGGUUUGAUCUGAACUUACCCGCCGCGGCGGAGUUCGCCGGAGGUGCGGGCUGGCGGUGCUUGGAAGAGGAGGAAGAGGUGCGGGGUUCCUUUCCAUUGAAGAAGCCCCGUUUCUUUCUCACGGUUUAGCGAUUUUUUUAUUGAAUUAUUUGGUAAUUUUUUU